AUGCACAACCCUUGGGCCGGACACCCCUAUCCCGCCGAGUACUGGCGCAGCUUCCGCCACCACCGCCGCGGCGGCCCUCGCAUCCUGUGGUUCCUCAUCGGCGCGGGCACGGCGACGUGGUGGUUCAAGUCGCACCAGGCGCACGAGUGGAAGACGCGCCACUGCUGGCGCGACCGCAUCCCCCAGGACGCGUACCCCAUGCCCUCCGGCGCGCCUCCCGCGGCGUACAACGCGAGCCAGGCAGAGGAGCAGAAGAGGGAGUACGGGAAGCGCUGGGGAUGGAGCUGGAGCUCGAAGGACGGGCACAAGUCCUGGCAGUCGCCGCCGCCUGCGCAGGAGAUCUCUGAACUGUCAGAGGCCACCCUCGACUCCGUCCUCGCAACAGUACAAAGCCUGAAAGUCAAACUGGCCGAGGCCCGCACGCAGCGCGAGCAGCACCUGCAGCAGAUGCAAGCGCUCAAGGACGAGCAGUACAAGAUGUUCGAGCAGUGGCGGAAGCAGCAUGAGGAGCAGCAGAAGCAGCAGCAACAAGCAGCGCAACAGCAGCCUCCCAAGCCACGCUACCCCGUUGACUUCACGUCCGCAUGAAGUGGAUGCCUGAAGCCAAACGUCGCUGUGCUCAGCAUCGCGCAAAGACCUAAUAACUUAUCGGAACUUACUUGCUUCACUACAUCGUCCCCUCUCUCUGCCGUGUUUCUCUCCCUUGUAGUCUUAUCGACCGCUGUUUCGUUUAAUCUCAUGUGCACUAUCUCGGUCUCCCAUGGACUCACACUCUUUCACAAUACAUGUUUCACUACUUUCACCUUGAAGCCGAGCUACCUUCGGCCCUAGCA